UCUCUUAAUACAAUGACUGGUCCCUGCAUCAAGAAGAUGGCUGCAGACGAAAAGUAAGAAGGUGAAGAUUUUGAACAGGUGGUUUAUUUCUGUGUACCGGUGACAAUCCUAGCCCGAUAACCCAGGUUGGUUAUCCCUAAAAGCUCAUAGAAAAUGUCUCAGUUGAAAACAAAACGGAAACAUGCUGCCAUGACAGCUGAAGUUGUCCCCAUACCCUCAACAGCAUUAGUAGCUAUUGAGUCUAGUUCUUCAGAAGGGGAUUCCACCAGUGAGAAGGGUGAAAAUGGAGAUAAAAAGAUUAAAUUGAUAGAGAAAGAAUCAGCAACAAAAGAAAGCAAAACUCCUGAAGAAAUCCAGAAAUUUAUGGAAGAGACUUUUGAUGUUCGUCGGUCGUUUAUCGAUAUUGAAAUGCCGGGAAUACCGUCAGUGAUUGAAACCUAUCCAUAUCUUUUCACCAGCAAACAGAUGCUUUUAGAAUUUCAGAGAAUUACCAAAGUCGACCUCGACCAUACGAUACAAGAAUAUUGUGUGAAGUAUGCCCUGGGAAUAAUAGAAGCUGCCAAAUCCUUGUCUGGGGCUGCCCCUAUAUUAAGGCAAGCUGAAGCGGCAAAGCAAGACAAUAUUGCACUGCGGCAAUACUGGGAGAUGGUGACAGCGUUGUGUUUAUUGCCAUUAGUAUUCCGAGAAAAUGUUGUUGAAAUGAUCCGUGAAAUUAAAGAUGAUGAAGAAGUUGAUGCGCAAGGACAGGUUGUGCCAAUUCUGAUUUCAAAAGGAAGCAUCUUUAAGAGCGACGAGUUCUUUUUAGUUGCAGAGGAGACAGUAUUACAAGAGUUCGAGGAGUUCACCAUGGCUUUUGCCACUUUGUUUGCGUCUUAUUGGGUGUUUAACAUGCAAUUCCCUCACACUUUAUACAACACUUAUAACUUUGUCCAGAAGGCCAUUCUACAUGUUCGCGACUUGACACCGACCCCACCACAGUGCAAACAGCUGCAACAGAAAUUACAAACAUGGGCUCGACGGCACGGAGAUACACCAAGUCGUGGUAGAAAUUGAUCUGUUGUUUGUAAAACAAUUUAUUGAACUCUGUCCCCUUGAAAUUAUUAGAUCGAAAUAACGUUGAUCAGUUAAUGUUCAUAUAGAGUGCUACUGUAAACCUUUAAUUAUCAACUCUAGAGUUGUUUUCAUUCGGUAUAUAUAUUUAAUGUAUUUUGCACAUUAUUUGAGUAUCCAAAUUUGAUGUUGAUACUAGUCAUAGACGUAUUUGUCAUUGAGAGCUUGUUAUCAAAAUUAGUGUCUAUCUAGUUUAUUUUCUUAUAAUAUGACCAUAUUAAUUCAUGUUGUUUCAUUAAUCAGUUUUUAUGGCUUAUCAGUAAAUAUGCUUCAAUUGUACAAAGUGCAAACACAUUUGACAUUGCCUUUUCUAAAGCUUACUGCUCAUAUGUGUACCCAUCAAAUAUCAGUUCUUUAAAUAAAUGAGCUUACCUAUUUUAUUUCAUGAAUAUGAAAUAAAAAUUCUUAGUAGGCACAGCUGCAUGUAAAAUUUUCUUAUUGGAGCAAGUUUAUAUAAUGUUAAACUCCUAAAAGAGCAUUUGAAAUAAUUUGAUAAUUUGGAAAUUUAAUCACUGACUUGUAACUUAAGCUAGAAAUGAUGUUCUGUUUCGAAUGUAAGCCAAAUUGUCCCCUUUAGUCAAGUAUUUAUAUGUAUGAAGUACACUUUGUAGAAUGUUUAUGAAAUAUUUAUAUUGAGUGUCAUCUCAUUAUCAGUAAUUGUUACAUUCAAUUAUACUUCAUGGAAGUUAUGUCCCUUGUAUUAAAUUGCCCAUCUAACAUUUUAAAUUUUUAACAUAUUCAAGAUGUUAGAGAGAUGUGCCUUUAUUUGGAAUUUAAAUUCUGAAUAAACAUUUAAAGAAAUAGAAUGAGUUAAUUGAAUUUGGUACGGUACCGACUGAUAAUCAAAACCUUUUAAUUUUUUCCUCAUACAGCUGAAAUUCUUAAAUAGUCAGCAACAUAAUUAUAUAUGUUUCAAUUGAAGAUAAUCUUUCUGGUCAUAAAAUUGUAAUUAAAAUAAAAAACAUCCCUAGCUAAGAUCACUGAUAGCCAUGAUUAUAGUCAACUAAAUUUGUCAUUAAUUCGAAUACACAGUGUUUCAUUUAACCAUCCAUACUUAAGAAUGGCCUUUGUGAGAAGGUUGAAACAUUGACAAUUUUUAUAUGUGGCUGGCUAGAAAGUAGGGAAUACAUGUAUUUCAGAUAAAAGCAGGUUUUUGAUUAAUAUUUGAGAAAUAUACAUGUACAUGUAAAAAUAAAUUAGUUCCAACAAAAAUAUUUUAAAUACAUAUUUAUUCAGAUGAAAUACUGUAUCUAAAAAGUAUUGCAACUUUUUUGUAUAAUGUUGAAGGUAGUAUUUUAUUGUGUUUAAUACUUUUAAUAUUAUACCUUAUCUUUAAGAAGAGGGGGUUGUUUUCAGAGAUGAAAUAAUGGUUAUGGUUAUUGUGUUUGUGGAUUUGUUUUCAAAAUGCAUUUAUAAUUUCUUAAUGUGCUUAACUGUGACUGUUCUAUUAAUAACUAGAUCUAUGCACAUUGUAGUUUGUUUACUAUCAAUGCUAAUCUAUAAGCAGGAAGCUUUGUUAUAUUUUAAGCAUUAUUAUUUUGUUAUGUUUGUUAUUAUUUUACUUAUUUAUUAUAACAUAUAUAUAAAAUAUAAGCCUUUAUAUUAUCGUUGUUUCAUUUAUUGAUUGAUAGUUAUCACAAUAAUCUAUAAUGUUAUCUUGUAUAAGACAGUAUAGAACAUCUGUCGGUUAUUUUACUACUAAAGGCAAUUAUAGUAGACUAAUUUGGUUUUUUUUUUGGUUUUCAAAUUUAUAAUAUUACUGCAUUAGUGCUCAAACGAAUAAUGUGGUCUUCUUGUUGCCAUUAAUAUUUUUAAAGGAAAAGAAUAAUUAAUCAGAGAUGGCUUGUACCUAUUAUAACACUUCAUACUUUUUGUUGUUUUGAACAACAGGUUACUAAUUUUAAAAUGUUCAACUAUUAAUAACUUUGUAAAAAAAAAACAAAUCUGUAAACUCAUAGCAAUACUGUCAUUAAUUUAUGAAAAACAACCUCAUCCAGUAUUGAAAAAUACCGCUACUAUAUUAUGGCCAUCAACAAACUUAUAAUUUUACAAAUUUUCACAUUUUUCAAAUACAUUUGGAAACUUUAAUUCCUAUAUUAUUUGUUGGCAACCAAAAUAACAUUUGACCUGUAAACGACUUUAUAGAGAGGUUACAAUGCAUAUUAUUAGCUUAAACUGUUCUAAUUUCUAAAUUUACUAUGCAUAUUCAACAAUUAGUAUUAUAAAAGGCUGAUUAAUGACAACAAAUUAUUUUAGCUUGUAUACUCGUUUGAGCCCUAUUGUAUAUAUAUUGAAGUUAAAAUGAAAUUAAUGAUAACUUUUUUUGAAAAUUUAUAAUAUUUAUAAUUAAAAUUCUUUAGUUACACCUUUGAAACUGCAUAUACCUUGUGUCCAUGUUAAUUACAUGAAUUUUAACUUGUAAUUUACUAAAUCCAGAUAAAAAGUGUUGGGUUGUACUUACAUAUAUCGCGUUGUGUUAUUGCAAUAAUUAUGGUUAUACUAGUGUUCCAUACCUACGCUGUUUAGUGGGGAAAAUAUCAAAUAAAUUUUAACCCUCCCACUGCUUAGUUAAACAGGCCCGUUAAACUACAUGUUUGUGCAAUACAUUACACAGUAAUUAAAGUUCUUCUUCGGCUGUAUUUUUAAGAACCAGAUUUAAACUUGUAGUGAAUAUUUAACUGGAAAGUCUUGACUGAAAAAUAUAUUUUUCUUGGACACGGGAUUUAUGGUAUAACAAAUUCGUACAGUACUAAUUCUAAUGUGUGAUGUGCCUUUGCAGAAAACAAAUGUCCUGUUUAUGCCCCAUCAUAAUAUGUUUGGUGCAAAAUUAAGGUGAGAGGUUGGUUUAAGAUCUUUCAAGUUCUGAAUAAUUUAAAAGGGAUACUUGGUUGAAGCAUUUAGAUUGAAACUAGAAGAGUUCUUAUUUUUUUCUUGGAAAAGAUAAUAACAUAUAUAGAUGUGUUCCAUUCUUCUUUCGUAACAAUAUCACUACUAAUAUGAACAGGUUUUAUAUCCAAUGAUAUAGAGUACAUGUAUUUGCACUAUAUUUUUGUGAUUGUAAAUUAUUGUUGAUGGGAAUAUUGUCUGUUACAGUGUAUUUAUACAGCUUCAUGCACUUUAUUUAUAUUUAUAUCAGAUAUUGUGAUUGGGUUACUUGCUAAAUGUAUUUAGGGUUCAAUGUUAGUAUUUUCUAGAUUUUACAUACAUUUACACCAAUGCUUAAGUUAACAAGGUCACUCCAUUUCAGUCAACCUAUCUUUAUUAUUAUUCUAUAGUUAGUUAUAUAUAAAUUAUUUGUUUUGGGGUGGUUUUUUUGUCUUAUCUCGGUAUUUACUGUAAGUUUGCAUUUUAUAAAAUGAUUAUUUUUAUUGUAAAACAGACAAUUGGAAAUUUACAAAAUUUUAUAGUUUUGUGUCAUUUGUACAAAUAACAAUUGGAAAUUUACAAACUUUUAUAGUUUCCUUUAAAAAAAUGUUGUCAGCAUUUUUGAUAGAUAAUAUUUGGUCUUCCAAUAUAAACUUUAUAGCUUUAACUCAGAUUUCAUUGAAUUUCUAACAUCAUUUUAUGAUUCCAGUAGGUAACAUGUAUUUUUAUAUGAGUUCUACAGAAUGAAGAAUAUACAGAUUUAAACCUCAUGUAAUUUUAUGACAAAUUUCAUUCCAUCAUAUAUAUUUUGCAAUAAGUAAGUUCACAGGGCAAUAAUUACAGGGUGCAGUACUGACAAGUUCAACUGUAUGGGACCAACAGAUUGAUUAUUUGAAGAAAACCAGUUGAUGCAUGAAGAGUGAAGUAAGAGUGUGGAUUGGUCUUAGUUUAUCUAAAGUCAUACUUCAGCCAUUUUGAAUUUCUCUAUUUUAAUCUUUCAUGAUGUGUUUGUAAAUAACAAUAUUAGAUUCAAAGUAUCUAAAUUUCAGUAAUUCAUUUCCGUCUAUUUCUGUCUACUUCUCAAAGGGAAGGUCCCACAUUUUUACAGGAUGCAGUUAGUAAAAAUGGGUAUUAAUAUAAAUCAAAUUCCAUAAUGUAUGUAGCCAAUUAACCUUGUUUAAAAAUUCAAAUCAAAAUAUUGAGUCAUUUGGAAAUUUUUGCAAGAUUUGCUUGUUGGGUUAUGUAAUUCAUUUAAAGAAUUUCAUUCUUCAGUUCUGUCUUCAUAAACUGGGUUGGUGCAGAAAAGUAGGAAGUUAAACCCAAUUUCAUUUCAUUUCUCAGUUGUUAGAGUGACUGGGUAAUUGUGGCAAUCACUUUUACAAUAAGGACACAAUUAUCCAAGCACUUACACAGCAUGGAAUUUGGGGACAACUUAUGGCCAACCUUGUAUGAAAAAAGGUUUUCUAGUUUUUCACCCAAAUUAACCUGGUUUUCUUUGGCACUAAAGUUUAUCUUGGACUUCUCCUUUGAUACUUACAUUUUACCUUAAAUUUAAAUGCAAGUGCAACUGUAGCUAUUGCAAUAUCAGCACAUGUCUCAUUUUAGAGUGUUAGAGCUUUCUAUUCUAUAAAAGACAAAACAUUCACACAUGUAUUUUGACCUAUGUUCUUUAAUAUAUUUUGGGAUUUAUUAAAAUGGUGUGACCUUGGUAUAUAGAAAUAUAUGUAAUAGUUAGAGACACCAGAUGUGUGGGCUUCAGUGCAAUUUGUGCUUCACUAAAAUAAAGUUAUUUAAAAAAAGAAAA